GAUAUAAGAGAGGCAGCCAUAGAGGGAGAGGUGACAGAGUAGAUUAUCCUCCUCUCCUCCUCUCUGCCAGCCUCAUCAUGUUCAUGCUGCAGAUGUUGACUGUUAUCUCUCUGACUGUUAUUCUCCUGGCAUCUGUGGAAGGUAAAGGCGUGCAGAUGCAAAGGGAUGUCCAGUGCUGUAUGUUGUACUCCCAGGGCAGGGUGCGUACCAAAGAUGUGUUGCGGUUUGAGGUGCAGACGGAGGGGCCCGACUGCAGUAUACACGCCAUCAUUCUUUACACGAAGAAGGCGGUGAAGUGUGCAGACCCCAGAGACCGGAAGGUGAAGAGGUUGCUGAGAAAGCUCCUUCGGAGACAAAACAAGGCCCACCGAAUGUGGCUCCUGCCUCAUGACAACCUGCCCGUCAUGUCAGAGGACAAGAAAGAUAACUGGGCGGUACUCAAAGUGGAAUGAUGGAGCACCGACAGAUAUGGAGGAAAGCUCAUAGUCAUAAGCCAAGUAAACUCUCAGCAGCUCGUCAUUUUACACGGCGCGGCUUGUUGACUCUCCAGUCGUCUCGUGUCUCUCUCUAUCUACACUAUCCGUCUCCCUGGGACCAGACCUGGGCAGCAAUACAUUUAAAUGGCUUUAGAUAUUUAAACAUGAACUGUGCUUGAAAUAUUCUCAAACACAUGGCUGGAACAGUCUCAACAGAGGAGUAUUUACUUGUAAGAUAAGUUGAAUUGAUUUUGUUUUUUAUAAUGGCUCAUACUGUUAUUUGCCAGAGUCUGCCUGGAAGUGUCUCCCUCUGCAACAUUACUUCUCGUGAGUGAUGUAGAAUCAGUGAAAAAGGUGUAAUUAAGAAAACGAUAAACGAGCAGUGGUAUUUCUGUUUAUCAUAUAAGAUAUUCUCUAUGCUUAUUUGUGACUUGUAUACCUUCAGUAAUGUGUUUAUAACACUGCACAAAAUGUAAGCCAGGUGAAAUCAAAGUGGGACUGGAGAGAAAAUUUCACCUGAUACAACUUCCUGUGUCACACAAAGAGCAAAUGUUCCUAGUAUUUUGUCCACUCUAUGUAUCGACUGUUGAAAACCCAUAAAACCCCAGUCAAUCUUUUAAAAUGAGGCCCUAAGGCAUCUAUCAGAGAUUUAAAUGUCUAAUAUUUGCAGUUUACAUUUGUCUUUUCCACAAAUAGUCCGUCACUAAACUAUGCCAAAGUAUUCAUGAUUCAAUUCACCACAUGGCAAGGCUGUUAAAACUUAGAGGGCUCAAUUGUGUGUGAAGCACACAAGUAUUGUAUUGUAGAAGAAUGCACUGUAUGUUAUCUCAAGUGAACUAUUUUAUAAAUUAAUCUGA